CCCUACCUGUACGCCACCCAUGCCCUCUCGCUUGCCGAUAGGCAUGCUCCCACUGCUCCUCUUCCUCUCCUCCGCUGUCGCUCACACCCUUGGUGUCAGAGAUGACGCGCACAUGCAUAUGCACCAUGGUCAACCCCUUACAGAGAUCAAUGAAACUGAUAUCCUUCUCUGGCAUCUCCCAACUCCUCCCUCAUAUUGGUCCAUUGACAUAGACAGUCCCGAUCCAAAUGUACCUCGCUACCCAGGUCUGAUGGCGUUACAUGUCGUCUUCAUGAUGCUCGCGUUCUUCGUCGUGCUCCCAGCGGGAAUUGCUCUGCGCUCUCUCAACCAACGCUGGCAUGCCUUUACUGUAGUCCUGUUUUACUUCUUGUGUGCCAUAGGUUGUGCCGCAAGCGCCCUUUACAGAAAAUUAACCCCUGACAUGUACGAUGGCUCAACCCAUUCAUCGCACGGUUACGUGGUCAUCUGUUUGACUCUGGUACCCUCUGUCCUGGAUAUCGCUGCUCUCUUCAUUCGACUUUACGCAUAUUUGAGGGGUGACGACAGGUUGGCCUUCAAAUCAUUUUGGCAUACCGUGAUUCUGGGACACGAAUCACACGACUUGCCAUCUGAUUACACAGGGCUCGUGGCAGAGGAUCCAGAGGAGUACGAUGAAAUCAAACCACUCAACACUGCGGCCCAGGAAGGGUCUCGCUUGCGAAGUAAUUCACCAUCCGCGGAUAGCGAAAUUCCGGAUCUAGAGCACUAUACAGCUUCUUGGGUCAACAAGCCAUCCCCACGUGCUGGUCACCGUUCUGCUUUUUCAACAGCAUCAGACCAUACACUUUUCGACGCCAGACACUCCGAAGAAACGCUACGCGAUGUGUUGCCUCCUGAAGCGCCUCGCCCAUCCAAGCCGCUAGUUCGGCGAGCAACUGCGAUCGCGCGUGCUACUUUAGAGAGAUCGCUCGUAUUCGCCGCUUUCGGGUUGACCCUUACUGGUGUUGUGGUUUACACUGGUGGAUGCCGGAACAAUUAUAUAAAUGGCUGCCUCGCACACUUGAUUAGUAAGGGUGGUAUUUUCUGGUGCUACGGCCUCUUCACAUUUGCCCGCUUUUUGGGCUCUCACUCGGAAAUGGGCUGGGCAUGGAAUAUCUCACCCAUUAGCAACCUUAUCUCUGCCGAGCUUGUAGAAUCAACAGUAAUCUUCCUUUAUGGCAUAAGCAACACGUGGAUGGAAAGGUUCGGUGCGCAUCCCGGUGACCCAUACACCACAAAGCAGGUUCAACACAUCAGUAUUGCGGUCAUGUUCUGGUUUGCGGGGCUUGUGGGGAUGGGUAUGGAAUCGAGACGAAUCAGGAAGUGGCUUGCAGCUUCGGCCGCCUCGGCACUUGGGCCUGCGCCCUCGGGCAGUAUCUCGGAGCCACCUAGCUACCGGGGCAGCUUCAACCCGUUCCCUGCCCUCGUUAUUGGUGUCACUGGUGCAGCCAUGAGCGCCCAUGCUCAGACAUAUUUGUUCCAGGUGCAAAUUCAUCAGUUAUGGGGAUGGCUUCUGCUCGGAUUUUCGGUGAUGAGGUGUUUGACGUACUUCUUCUUGUGGCUGGAUCCCCCCAAAUCAGUGUUGCCUUCUCGGCCCCCUACAGAAGCCCUGGGAAGCUUCUUUCUGGCAUGCGGCGGCUUGAUGUUUAUGUUUAGUACGGAAGAACUUACUCUUGCAGCUAUGAGGAGGGGCCGUGAUGACAUGAUGAUGUUCCUCAACGUCGCCGUCGCCAUCACUUGUUUCGCAUUCUGUUGGACGCUUUGCGUUGUAGGUUUCAAGGGUUGGUUAAAAUACCGCAACGGCCAUCCGGCCCUUACCGCUCCCUAAUUUCUUCUAUCUCCCGCAUACGACCACUUAAUGUGAAUGUGCGCCUUCUCAAGAUUACGACAUCACCCGUAACCUGUUUCACUUCUUCCAUCUCGUUUCAUUAGUAACUCUGCUCGCAUCAUUGUCCCUAUACCCUUGUUUCAGCAAAGGCCUACUGUUUUGUUAAGGCCUUGUUCCCUAACGACCAUUAUGUUUUUGAUGCCUUGAUGAUGGCUAAUGUGAUGCUAUAUUAUUCAAGUACUGUUCAGUCGAAUUUUGUAAUAUAAUCAUAGAUGCACGUAUCCAUGGAAUGCGAUUAAUACAUGCCGGCAAUCUUUGCUCCAUAAUCCACCAAGGUACCCAUCCAUAUCCAGAAACCCGCCCACCCACAC